AACAUGUUAAUAUUGUGUUUCCACUGAACACAGUCUUUAAGAUACAGAACUUGCAGCACUCUUCACGGGGCACCAUUUUGGGUGGAAAACGACAAAGACUGCUGGUUCCCGGCCAAGGCUGGGUUUUUCCAAACUCCUGCGUGAAGGCAUGUCCCAGAGGCCAGCAGCCUUGGCAGAGGCGUGCAGCUGCACCACGGCCUCUCCCUGUGCGAGGUAACAAGGCUCGGAGCCAAAAAGGGUCACACAUGGCUACAUCCAGGUGCCAACUUUUUGUCACACGCUCGCUGCUUGCGUCGGGCAGGAGUGGGAGGAUGUCCUGUGUCAUUUUGCUGGUGCAGUUUGAGGGACUGCAGCCAAAAAGAGGAGAAAGAAAAGGGAGUAAAGUCAGCAAAGCUCCAGAUGUUGCUAUGAGGAAAGGAGUCAGCAAUGACUGAUGUAGAGCCUGUGGUCACAGAUUUUGCCUCAUCAGGACGGUCAGGCCGCCGAAACGCCUUACCAGAUAUCCUGGGCUCUCCUGCUGGUGCUGGGACUUCAGACUUGCCACACAAACUGGCUGAGCUCUCUGUUUCAGAAGAUGCAGGAGCAGAGGGUGGAGAAGUGUCAACAUCCAAAGCCUUGCUGGAAAGUCAAGAGGCAGAAGGAAAACGCAAUGAUUCCUAACACCUAAGGACUCCUGGGUUAAUGAAUCCCACCAACAGAUUUCCCAGUUUCCCUGUGUCAGCCCUUCUGAAGUGUGGUAGCAACUUUAGCAGCACAGACAUGACUUUGCAACACACUUGUACCUAGAUGAUUAUGUGGAUGGCAUACAGCUCUUUCCACUGUCAUCCUUCUAAAGCACUGUUCUACAUAUCCAAACAGGAAGAAAACUAAAGAAUGUAUCUCUUGUUUUCAGUUUUCUCUCUUGUUUUGGUUAUAGUAUCAUCCUAACUAAUCUUCUUUGACAGUUCCAAUUAAUAUACCUGCCAGGAACUAAUCAUUGUUUCAAAAUAAAAAUCCUGUUUCUUAAUUUCCCAAACCAGCUACUUUCUCUCUGGCACAGAGGUGUGUUCACUCCCCACAACAUGAUAUUAAGCAUAUAUUAGAUUACAGACAUUAUCUGUAAUUUAUCUCCUGAGAUUUUUGUUCUCAUUAGACAAAUGUAGAUGGCUGUGAGAAAAAAACCAAUUACAUAAAAUAAAAUUUUCUCCUACUCCUGUCAGCAGAAGGUUUUAUUAAGUACAUAAACAUCAGUGUUUGUUUUCAGACUCUCCUUACCUCUAUUUGAUAAUGGCAGAUCAUCUCAGUUCUCCCACUCUUAGCAGUCUCGCCACUUCGGCCAUUCGUUUUCAUGCUGAAUAUUGUAGCUGUUCAUGUGUACCUAAAGUAAAGUAGGUAUGUUUGUAUAUGAUGAAAAUUGUUUAAUCUCACUGUGGAAAUUAAAUAUCUAUAAUCUUUUCUGUCUUUGGUUGAUUUCUUAAUGUUUCUCCUGUAGGACAAUAUUUAAAGUCCAAUAAUGCAUAUUUCUUUUAUUUCAUCUAUGUUAUGCUUUGUUGUCUGCUGACAGUGAAGAUGUUUCAAUCAUUGUAAUUUUUACAAAGAUUUUAGGCAAAGUUUUUUCUCUGCCAAAAGGACUUGUUUUGUUUUGGCGAUCAUGCUCCUGAAAAUACUUGGCACUCAUUCCCUUGUUGUAGGAGACUUAAGAUUCAGGUAUAGACAUGAACCUUCACGAUUCCUUGGGCAGCAGGCACUUAUCAUGAAAACAUCAGAAAACAGCACAAGUACAGCAGUACAUCAUGAAAACAGCAGAAGCAUCUCUGAUGGGUACAUCCCACAUGUGACUGGUAUUCCAUCUGUGAAAUAUGUGUAUAAUCUAAACCUGGCAAAGAGCUUGUAAGAGCUCAGGAGAGCUUGUAAGGCACAACUUUCAUUCCUACUGUGCAUUUACUCAUACCCUAGCUUUUGGGGACCAUUCAAUAAAGGAUCCAGUUUAAUUCAA